UGCUUCCACUGACGGCCUGCAAACGCUGUCAGUCCCGCCGGGAGCCAGGGCUUGUCGUGGCUGCAGAGCCGAAGCCUGGGUCGGAGCCGAGCCGCUGCACCUUGCGUCCUCUCGUCGCUGCGCCAUGGCGCCCACUCUGGCCACUGCCCAUCGGCGCCGCUGGUGGAUGGCUUGCACAGCCGUGCUGGAAAACCUCCUCUUCUCGGCAGUCCUCCUGGGCUGGGGCUCGCUGCUCAUCAUGCUCAAGUCAGAGGGCUUUUACUCCUACCUGUGUAUCCAGCCAGAGAACACCACCAAUGGCUCUGUGGCAGAGCAGGAGGAGGUGACCUGGAUGAAUGGCUGGCUCAGCUGCCAGGCCCAGGAUGAGAUGCUGAAUCUGGCCUUCACCGUGGGCUCCUUCCUGCUUAGCGCCAUCACCCUGCCCCUGGGGAUCGUCAUGGACAAGUAUGGCCCGAGGAAGCUCCGGCUGCUGGGCAGUGCCUGCUUUGCAGUUUCCUGCUUGCUGAUUGCAUAUGGAGCAAAUAACCCAAACUCUCUCUCCGUGCUCAUCUUCAUCGCCCUGGCCCUGAACGGCUUUGGUGGGAUGUGCAUGACCUUCACGUCAUUAACGCUGCCCAACAUGUUUGGUGACCUGCGGUCCACAUUUAUUGCCUUGAUGAUUGGGUCCUAUGCCUCCUCAGCCGUCACCUUCCCAGGAGUCAAGGUCAUCUAUGACUUUGGCGUGUCCUUCAUCGUCAUCCUGGUGGUCUGGGCCGGCUGCUCCGGCUUGGUGUUCUUCAACUGCUUCUUCAACUGGCCACUGGAGCCCUUCCCGGGGCCGGAGGACAUGGACUAUUCGGUGAAGAUCAAGUUCAGUUGGCUGGGCUUUGACCACAAGAUCACGGGGAAGCAGUUCUACAAGCAGGUGACCACGGUGGGGCGCCGCCUGAGCGUGGGCAGUUCCAUGAGGGGCGCCAAGGAGCAGGCGGCGCUGCAGGAGGGCCACAAGCUGUGCCUGUCCACUGUCGACCUGGAGGUGAAAUGCCAGCCGGAUGCUGCAGCAGCCCCCUCGUUCCUGCACAGCGUGUUCAGCCCCAUCCUGCUGCUCAGCCUCCUCACCAUGUGCGUCACCCAGCUGCGGCUCAUCUUCUACAUGGGUGCCAUGAACAACAUCCUCAAGUUCCUGGUCAGCGGCGACCAGGACCAAGUGAUGGCCGCGGUGGGCCUGUAUACCUCCAUCUUCGGGGCGCUCCAGUUGCUCUGCCUGCUGACGGCCCCGGUCAUUGGCUACAUCAUGGACUGGAGGCUGAAGGAGUGUGAGGAUGUCUCGGACGAGCCCGAGGAGAAGGACGCAGGCCAAGGCGAGAAGAAGAAGAGGAAGAAACGGGACCGGCGGAUCCAGAAGGUCACCAACGCCAUGAGGGCCUUUGCCUUCACCAAUCUGCUGCUUGUGGGCUUCGGGGUGACCUGCCUCAUUCCCAACCUGCCGCUACAGAUCCUCUCCUUCAUCCUGCACACGAUCGUGCGUGGGUUCAUCCACUCGGCCGUCGGGGGCCUGUAUGCCGCUGUGUACCCCUCCACCCAAUUUGGUAGCCUCACAGGCCUGCAGUCGCUGGUCAGCGCGCUCUUUGCCCUCCUGCAGCAGCCCCUGUUUCUGGCCAUGAUGGGCCCCCUCCAAGGAGACCCCCUGUGGGUAAGAAGGGGCAGGGGGCUGUGGGGCAUGGGCUUCUGCUCCACCCAGCUGACAAGGAGCAGGGAAACCCCUCAGGCUCUUCCAGAGUAUCAGAGUGAGUGGUGAGAGCAUCCCUGGGUGGCACCUGCACACAGUGGUGCUGCGGAAGAAAGCCCUAGCUGUCAGAUGCUUCUUUGAAGAUUCCAGGCCAGCAGUCCUGUGAGGUUCUCCUCCGUAAUACACAGGGCACCAGCAGUCUGCGUCCACUCCAAGGCCACGAGUUUGAGGUUUGGGCAGGCAAGGGACAGGGGCAGUGAGACGUGUCUGCUUGCGAUCU